AUGCCCGUCCCGCGGGCUCCUGCACCGGGUCUCCUUGGCCCCGAUCCAGCAGGCCACCAGGCGUUCGUCGGCGCCCCCUACCAGCCCUACGGUGCCCCACUCGCGCCGCCACCCCUCGGUGGCUACGGCGCGCCCGCCCAGGCGCUGCCCUAUGGAGGCCAGCUGCCGCCGCCGGCACCUGCACCGUGGGACCCAGCCCUCCUGGCCGCCCUACACUCGGCGCCGUUGCCGAGCAACUAUGGCGGUGGAGGCGAAUGGUACAUGGACUCCGGUGCUACUGCGCACAUGAUAGCUCAUCCCGGUUCCUUUGGCCAUGGCUCCUUCGGCUCCGGACCCUGCGCCCCCUACCUGGCGCGAUGCGCGGCGGCACCCCCCGGCGGCCCCCCGGCCCGGCGCCUUCUACCGCCCCCUCCCGGGUUCUCGACUCCCUCACCCGAGGUUGAGUCCUACCGGGCCCCCGGGUCCCCGGCUCCCUCGCCCGAGGUCGAGCCCGCGGGCACCCCACCAGCCACCCCUGCGACGGGCUCGACCUCGCCCGUCGCCUCCUUCGCGGCUGGCUCGGCUGGCACCGUCGCGGCUCCUGACGCCGCGGCCCCCGCCCCUCACGCCGCGGGCGCCCCUAUUGUGGCCGCGGCCCCCGCCGCCACGGGCGCCCCUGUUGUGGCCGUGGACCCCGACGCCGUUGUGGCUCCCGCUGCCGCGGCACCCGCCGGCCCGGGAGCUGACACUGCAUAUCUGCUGCUCUACGUUGAUGACAUCAUCCUCACGGCGUCUGCCCCCGAUCUCCUUCAGUGGCUGACUGCUCGUCUUCGUGAUGAGUUCGCCCUCAAGGACUUGGGGCCCCUGCACUACUUUCUCGGCAUCGAGGUGAUCCGCCGGGCUGACAGUUUCUUUCUGCAUCAGCAGAAGUACGCCCACGAGCUCCUUGAGCGUGCCGUACUUGACGCUGACUCGCCCCGACCUGCAGUACGCUGUUCAGCAGGUGUGCCUCCAUAUGCACGCCCCGCGUGA